AUGGCUACCCAUCAGACCGCCAAAACACAAUACCUCUACCCACCACCGAUGGGACAAUUACCUGCGUUAGGAGUGAAGGAAGUUGACGUUCUCGGGUUGAGCAUCGGCGGGUUUGUGGCCCAGUUGCUCGCCCUGAACCACGCGGACGGAGACGGGUCGAAGGUCAGGAAGCUGAUCAUGUGCGAAUCCACAGCGAGUGUGGGGCCAGAUAUUCCCGAGACAGACGACGACUACAAGACAGCAGCGACACGGCCGCACGCCACCUCCCAAGAGUUCAAGGAGCUUUUCUGCUCCGGGGCUCCCAAGGGAGAAAUGGCCGCGGAGGAGUGA